GAAGAGAAAGAUCUAUGCAAAAAGUCCCUCUAAGACAAGUGCAAUAGCCAUCUUCUGGGAAAGUAGUGGCUCCUCAGAAUCACCGACCACCAAUUCAUUCCCCUUUGACUCAAUCAUCUUCUUCAUCAAUCAUCACUCUUUAAAAUUCUACACCCCCCAUUCUCCACCCUUUUGAAAAUUCUACACCCCCCUUCUCCACAUGAAUCACAUGCUACUUUCCAUAUCCACAACCCAAUAAUUUCACCACCUACACUUCCCUUUCAAUUCCUUCAACCAUGGUUUCCCUUUCAAUUCCUUUCUUCCCCCUCACUCCACAAAAAACAACUUCCCCUUCUACUAAAUUCCAACCCAAAAACAACUACUUAAAUCCAUUCCAUCACAAUAAACAUCACAGAAAAGUUAUAUGUGCUUGCAUCGCUCCUCCACAAAAUUUCAAAGCACAGGACUCUUCCUCCAUUCAAUUCAAUGGUUCAUCUAAAUCAGAACAAUUGAACAAGGCGCGGGACCAUGAGGAUGAUUCUGAUGUUCUUAUUGAGUGUAGAGAUGUUUAUAAGUCUUUUGGGGAAAAGAAAAUCUUAAAUGGUGUCAGCUUCAAGAUCAGACAUGGUGAAGCUGUUGGAAUAAUUGGUCCCUCCGGGACUGGCAAAUCUACAAUUUUGAAGAUUAUUGCAGGACUUCUUGCUCCGGACAAGGGAGAAGUUUAUAUUCGAGGUAGAAAGAGAGAUGGUUUGAUAAGUGACGACGAGAUAUCUGGUCUUCGGAUUGGACUGGUGUUCCAAAGUGCGGCACUUUUUGAUUCUCUGACUGUUCGUGAAAAUGUUGGUUUUCUCUUGUAUGAACACUCAAGCAUGCCUGAGGAAGAGAUAUCGGAGCUUGUCAAGGAAACCUUGGCUGCAGUUGGUUUGAAGGGAGUUGAGAAUCGGCUUCCUUCUGAGUUAUCAGGAGGAAUGAAAAAGCGAGUUGCUCUAGCUCGAUCUAUUAUUUUUGACACCACAAAGGAUUCGAUAGAACCAGAGGUGCUCUUGUAUGACGAACCAACUGCUGGACUUGAUCCCAUUGCAUCUACCGUUGUUGAGGAUCUGAUUCGCUCUGUGCAUAUAAAAGGGCGAGAUGCACUUGGAAAGCCUGGGAAUAUUUCAUCCUAUGUGGUCGUUACUCACCAACAUAGUACCAUUAAAAGAGCCAUUGACAGGUUGUUGUUUUUACACAAGGGUAAGCUUGUUUGGGAAGGAAUGACUCAUGAAUUUACAACUUCAACGAAUCCGAUUGUUCAGCAGUUUGCAUCCGGAAGCCUAGAUGGUCCUAUCAAAUAUUAGAAUGUCGGACUGCAGUCGUAAAAGAUGUAUUAUUGCUUAUCUUGGGUGCUAUUGAGUGUGCAAACAGGAAUUGAAAUGGAUGUAGCUUUCAAAUGAUAACUUGUGAGAUGAGCAAUAAAUUGGUUGCAACAAGGAUUAAAGGGUUUGUCACUUUCAGGGUGGUUUUGGUAUAUAAAAUUUGGCCUUCUGGGUUGUUUUGGAAGCUGGGAAGAAGAGCUUCUAUUGUUGUUAAUGGCAACAUCACAAGGACAGCAUAUUGCAUGCACACCAUAAGUACCCUGGUGAAGUAGGUAGAAGAAAUAGAUAGAACACACUGUAUUAACAUUAUUUGUUCUAUUCUAUACGGAGUACAUUUACAUUAUGUGCUAAAUUAAGUUAUCUGCUGUUUUAUUUUUUGUAAACAGUUCAUCAUUAUAAUCAAUAAGUCUGCUUCAUGGUUUUGGAUUCCAA